CUGCAUACCGCUGUCGGAGAAAACGGAGAAAAUAGAAGAUCCACCGAGUUUAGUUGGAAGUCUCAUGGUCCACAUGAAGGAGAUUAAGAUCGGAGGAUGCGCAUGUGUGUUGGUGUUGCUCUUUUCCGGGCUUGUCGCCUGCUCUGGUGUGUUUGGAAGUCCUUUGACUGACGAUGUGGCCACACUAGACACACUGAGAGAAAACAUUCCCAAGGAUUACAAAAUUCGUGUUCGUUACAUUUCCAAAGACGUGGGAGGGAUGUGCUGGGUUCACCUGAACCUGUAUCCAGCAGAGAGCAGUUUGAAAAACUUAGCCCUGAAGUUUGGCAACGUUUCAUCCAACAGAGAAAAUAUUACUAUCUUCAUCACCAUGCUGCAAGGACUUCGCGUCACCAUUGAUAAUGAGGAGUUGGAGUCAACAAUGCAGGCCUUUAAGUGUCAUUAUCGGAGUGCACGAUGGUCCACCAGACGCUAUUUCGACCACAUCAAAGAGGUUCUUGUAACAUUUGCCUCCACACCCCACCAGUUUUACUGUACUCCUCCUCCAUGUCCCACUCCUACUGCACCUGUAGUUACAUCAGAUCGGCGUGUGAUUGACAGAGCGGUCCCAGGUGUUCUAGCGUUACUCGUCAUUCCCUGUCUUGCUGCACUUGCGCUCAUUCUCAGAACAGUGCUUCGUCGAAAAAUGUGCUGUGUGGAAAGGAGACGUGAAGAGAGCGAUGACGUGGUGAGACAAAGUGACCCUGACGGCAGUAUAGAUGCGUCACACAAUGACAGUCAAUCAUGUUUCUUAAAUAACCAAUACAGGGUGCAGCAGGUUGAGGACACUGGCGUUUAAUCCGGCGCACCUAAAGUAUUCGAUGGCAUUCUCUGGAUAUAUGAAGUACAUAAUGAAGGGCGUUGAACAGAAUCCCAGGAUCAACUGCUCUUACCAACCCUCUUUGUUGGCUGAAGAGUUAAACAUUAAACAGUUAGCCAUGCAUUUGAUGAAUACCCAACGAAUGACCUCACUUGCAAGAAUCCUAACAUCUUCCGCCCCCAGCAUCGGACUCUCCAGCUGCCCAAUAGUUAGUAAAUCACUGUGCUUCUUCUGGAUUGCACAAACAAGAAGGCAUCCUUGAAAACAGUCUGGUGGAACGCUUUGGUGAUUUAGUGGUUUGGCCGGAACAGGAAGCACAGCUCUUUUGAAGAAGUGGCCACAGCAGAGGCAUAACCGCUGCGAUGCCUGCGGCAGGUCCAUGUCUUUGAGGCUGACUGCUGGUGCUGCAGGCCUCAUUUCAGAGGACAAAUGGCUUUUUUGUGUUGUAUUGCCGAGGCUUCCUCCGUGGUGCAGCGCAGCACUGCGGCAGAACAGUGGGCGUACUUGUAGUGGCGGUAUGCAAAGUUAGGAACACUGGAUGGCGGAUGAAAGAUCCAUUGCAGAUUGCAGUUCAUUCAUCGCAUUUUAGGAUUUCUGUGAGGACAGGGCAGAGUGCCAUCAAAUGUGGGCGUGAGAGGUACAACGGUGGUAACGGUUGCAUUGUUUAUUACAGGAGUGUGUUUGUUUGUGGGGGAAGCAUGGUAAGAGGCAUCACACUCAUGUUAUUAAAGCCAAGGUCAUCUUGUACGAGGAAUGUAUUGUUUCUGGUGGUCAUAUUGAAAUGCAACAACCGUAUGAGCUGGCCCACUCCAAAAGUACAUUCUUUUCAAAUCGGAAAAAAACAAAGCCAGCCCACUCUUACCACUUAAUCUGGCGCUAAAAUUCCUGUGGUAUGGCAGUAAUCCAAACUCAUCCAAAUCUAGUGGCCAGAACACAACAGCUCCACGUUGAUUAGACUGUAUGCUUAAAGCCGGGCCACUUUUGGUCCAAAAUUAAAAGAAAGGAAAAAAAAGCAGCACAAGUAUUAGUUGAAUUGCGGCCAUUUUUGGUUCAGAUUCCAGAUGAUGACAUGAAAAAAGAAAACCUUAUGGCUGCUUAUCACUGGUCAACUUUUUGUCUACAAUGCAUUUGCCAUUGCUAUAACUGGUUCGUAUGUGCUUAAACUUCAGCAAAUCAACACAAAUAGGCAAGGGGAAGUGUUGAUAAAGCAGCUUGUUAGUUGCACAGUAAAUCACAAGCAAAAUCCCCUUCACGUUGGCUUUACACUGUAUGAUUUUUACUAACCCCCGAUUUAUUUUUUCCUGUCGCUGACAAAAAUCAAAGAUCAUAAUAGAAUUCUUUGGUCAGGAAUUGAGCUCGUUGGUCAUAGAAGAUCCAGAGGCCGAUUGAGUGCCAUUGCGACAGUAUCGGAAAUUGUUUUAGUAAAAUAUUAGAGUGUAAGUGCUGUUACGAUAUUUGUGUAAAAACCACCAAUAGGAGGACGGCACAGGAUUACGCAAAACUCACGGGACAGCAAUGACAAAAUGUCAACAAAACAUUUGACAACUAACUGACGGAAAAUAAUGUCUUUAUUACCUCAAGCUCAUGUCGAAGAAUGUUUCUGUUUAUACGAGUCCAUUUUCUGCAUGAGCCCAGAUUGAUGAUGUAAGCAUCGACAUGGGCUCGUACAGUAAUUUCCUUUAGAAGGGAUCUUCAUCGUAUAAUCUGAUUUGUACUGGGGUCAUCUUAUUCGGUGUGACAAUAAUAAUCUUAAAAAAAGACCGC